AUGAAGGUUUCGUUGAGGUUUUUGCUACACACCAGAGUCUUGAGAAUCCAAAUUGGAUCCAGAUUAUUACAGGGUUACGUUUUUUACCGUGUUCGUGUCCGUAGAGGUGGUAGGAAGAGGCCUGUUCUAAAAUGUAUUAUUUAUGGUAAGCCAACAACUCAGGGAGUUACCCAAUUGAAGUUUCAGAGAAGCAAGAAUUCACUUGCUGAGGAGCGUGCUGGACAUAAGCUUGGAGGCCUCAGGGUUCUCAAUUCCUACUGGGUCAAUGAGAUGCUUCCAUCUAAAUAA